AACCAAGAUACCCAGAUUGCCAAAUGCCUUUACCCUAAAUUUUCCCACAACCAUCAUCAUAGCUUCUUAUUGUUCAGUGUUUAUUUCUCUUUUUUUAUUCAAGGGGAUCUCUUUGUGUUGUUAUUGUUGGAUGAUUGCAUAAUUUGAAAAUUUCAAGUACUAUCAUCUAUACAUGGAGCUGCAAUUAGGUCUCGCCCCGCCGAGUGUCGCCUCUGUUCCUGUCAACAGAGUCAUGAACAACUUCUGUCAUGGGCCCUUGAUUCGAUUGGGUUAUAAUUGGUUCUCUAGCACAAGUACUUGCAAAGACAAUGAUAGCGCCUGCGGUGGUGGAAGCAAGAAACGUUCUUUUGGGGAAGUUGUUGAGGAGAACAUAAAGGUGCCUGAAACUCUGCCACUUUUGCUGUGGAAUAAGCAGCCCAAUGACGAGGACGGUAAUGGAAAAGACCUUGAGGAGACCUCUUCCCAUGUCAUUAACAAAAACGAUGAACAUGAUUUGGUGGGGUGGCCACCAGUCAAAACCUGGAGGACAAAGAAGAUACGCCGACAAAGUUACAAUGGCUGCAGGUUGGAUGAUAUUGGUGGUUGUGGAGGGUACGCUAUUAGACCAUCAAAUUCAAAGUUCGUGAAGGUGAAGAUGGAGGGAGUGGGAAUAGCAAGAAAAAUCGACUUGACCCUCCAUCAUUCAUUUGAAACACUCACAACAACCUUGAACGAGAUGUUUGGAAAUGAGAAUCAGUUUGGAUGUAAGUUGGCUUUUCAAGACAGGGACGGACACUGGCUACUUGCCGAAGGGACGCCAUGGAGGACCUUCAUUGGCUCAGUGCAACGCCUCAUGUUGCUGAGGAUUUGAGCAGUCAAUUAAUUUCAAAAUGACUAGGCCAUCUUAUAAUCUCUUUGCUUGAAAAAUCCAAUAAGUAAUAACUAUAAGUCUGUAUCUGUUAUGUAGUAUGAAGUGGAUGUCUAAGUCUGGAUUUUAUUACAUAUUAUCUAAUAUGCUCUAGGUUUUUGUUUUUAAAAUAGAGUGAAGAAUGGAGCUGAUAUUAUAAAUUGCUAAAGACGAG